AUGGCUGCAUUGCAUCCAGUCCUAAAUGGCGAGACAUUAGACUACCUUUUAAAAUGUCCAAUUUGCUAUGAUAUUCUUAAAGAUCCUCGUGCAUUUGUUCCGUGUCAGCACAUGUUUUGCUUGGAAUGUAUUCUCAAGUACGUAGAAAAUGUGUUGAAUAGUCCAGGAAAUGACAUAACAUGUCCGUCCUGCAGAACUUCCCUUAAUACAAAGAAGAAAUUCUUCACCGAAAAUAAGGAACGUAAACAAUGGGUAAGUUGUUUUCCGAAACACCCAAUUGUGUCCGAAAUGAUGAGUAAAUUUAAGACGGAGGAUGACUUUUGCAAACUGCAUGAAAAUAAGUUAAACGAGCACGUAUGUGUUAACCAUGCAGAAGUGAUUUGUAGUGACUGUUUGCGGGAAAAUCAUAAACAAUGUACAAAUAUUCAAAGCAUUAAAGAGUACGAGCCAAUAUACUCGAAUCAGAAUGAGCAUGAUAUAAAAACUUUAAAAGAGGAGUCUAAUAUGCAACUAAACAGGGUGCAGACAUUUAUCAGCUCAAAAACUGACGAACUUUCAAAACUUGAAAUGUGUAAAAUAAAACUAAAUAGUGCUAUAGAUCACGUGAAGAAAAAUAUAAGUGAUGCCGAAGCAAAACAGAACGAAAUUUCUCACAUGUUCUCAGUAGAUCUGAAUAAUUUACAAGACGAAGUUAAGGAGUCGAAAGAUAUAUAUGCGCAGAUGAAAUGCAACAUAGAUAUAUCUAGAACUAAACGUAAUCUCCAGCAGUCGUUUGAAGAUACUUUCUCGGCGAUAGACUCAACGAAUAUCAUGCAACCUGUGUCAGAAUUACAAAGCGAUUUGGCAACAAUAAGUGACAAAACCGUGUCGAAACGUAACCCGGAAUGCAAGGACAUAAUUCAGCAAAGAACGAAUGAAAGACAAGAGAAACAAGAAUUAAGUAACCUUACGAAAAAUAGCCGUCAAAACACUACACGGCUUGAAGACAAGCAAACAGAAUUAAUUAAGCUUUCAGAUAGAAACCGCGUUUAUCAAAAACGGGGAUCUGUUAACAGUUCAAGAGACAAUACGAACUCCAGCGAAAUCCCUAUUAACUUAGAUAGUAGGAUAUCAAUAGCGGAGAGAAAUCUGCAAAGGGCGAACAAAAUACAAGAGAAGCAAGAAGUAAUUAAACGUCCGAGUCCGAGAAGUAGCCGUGAAAACACUACUCGGCUUGAAGACAAACUGUCAAAUAGAAACCGUGCUUAUGAUAAACAGGGAUAUAUUAACAGUUCAAAAGACGGUACGAACUGUAGCGAAAUCCCUACUAGAUUAGAUCGUAGGAUAUCAAUUGCGGAGAGAAUUCAGCAAAGGAAGAACGAGGUACAAAAGGAACAAGAUGCAUUUGCAAUUCCGAAUAAAAGAGGUCAUUACACAUCUCGAUAUGAAAAUCAACCAGCACUAAUAAACCAGUUUUCAGACAUAAACCGCAAUUAUCACUAA